AAGCCUGAAGUGUGAGUCACCCUCAAAAAGGGGGCUUGUUCAAGUAUAACUCCGCGCUUCUCCUUGCCAGUCUGCCUGCCAGCCAGCCUCGCUGCUCUUCGGAUUGCAGCUGCAACGGAGGAGCCUGCAGUCCGCAGCCCUCCUGGUAUAGGAGGACCGAGGGCAUCUGCAUUGAGAGAGGCGGAUUCCUUGUCCUGCAGCCACCCAAUCGGACGCGCAAGGCAGCGGACCCCCCCCCCAUCCCGAUUGAAUGUGCAGCCUCCUGUUCUGGAACAUCACCCGAGGUCACCAGAGGACAGCAUGAAAGAGGAGGUGCGCCUCAAUGCCACUGAAGACCAGCAGCCCGGCUGGUUCCUGCCCAGCAAUGGCAGCAGCAAUUCCCUGUAUCUCUCCGAAGCUCCUCCUCCUCCUCUUCCCCUGAAUCCUUGGGACGUGGUGCUUUGCGUUUCCGGGACCAUCAUCUCCUGCGAGAAUGCCAUUGUGGUGGCCAUCAUUUUCUACACCCCUGCCUUCCGGACUCCGAUGUUCCUCCUGAUUGGGAGCUUAGCCACCGCAGACCUGCUAGCCGGCUUGGGCCUCAUCUUCCACUUUGCCUUUGUUUACUGCAUCCAGUCCCAGGUGGUGAACCUCAUCACGGUGGGCCUCUUGGUGUGCUCCUUCACCGCCAGCGUGGGCAGCCUCCUGGCCAUCACCAUAGACCGGUACCUGUCCCUCUACAAUGCGCUGACCUACUAUUCGGAAAGGACGGUGACCCGGACGUACAUCAUGCUCAUCAUCACCUGGGGGGUCUCCAUCUGUUUCGGACUGCUGCCCGUCAUGGGCUGGAACUGCCUGAAGGACGACUCCACCUGCAGCAUCGUCAAACCCCUGACCAAGAACAACCUCAUCAUCCUCUCCAUCUCCUUCUUCAUGGUCUUCGCCAUGAUGUUGCAGCUCUACGUGCAGAUCUGCAAGAUCGUCUGCAGGCACGCACAGCAGAUUGCCCUCCAGAGACACUUCUUGGCCACUUCGCACUACGUCACCACCAGGAAAGGCAUCUCCACCUUGGCUGUCAUCCUGGGGACUUUUGCUUCCUGUUGGCUCCCCUUUGCCAUUUACUGCCUCCUCGGAGAUUACACGUACCCAGCUCUCUACACCUAUAUGACAAUACUCCCGGCUACCUACAAUUCCAUGAUCAACCCUGUGAUCUAUGCCUUCAGGAACCAAGAAAUCCAAAAAGUGUUGUGGACUAUCUGCUGCGGCUGCAUUUCUUCCACCAUGCCUUUCCGGUCCAGAUCUCCCAGUGACGUCUGAGUCACCCCACUCCCAAGGAUCCUGCGCUGCUCAAAGACUAAUUCGCAAAAAUCCUUCCCCCCUCCUUCAUUUCUCCCCUUCCUAAUCGUCCUUUCCCUUAUGUGAGUGAACUUGCCGUUUUAUCUUUUUAUUUAUUUUUCACUUAGGGAAAGAAGAGAGAAAUAUAUAUCAUUUAUUUUUUUAAUCCAUACAUUAAAAAACAAAACACAA